AUGGCCGUCAACAACAAUAUACACGUUAGGCAUGGCUCUGAACAGGGCAGGAGACUCCACCGGCUGAUGGGUUGGUCCGUUUUCUCCCUCGUUGAUGGAGUCGUGAGUUCCGAUGUGGAUGGCCUUGAGCUGUUGCAAGCCAGCCAUUCUGAUGGCUGGAGCAGCGUAAAGGUAGAACAUAAAGAACGUGGACGUGAUUGGCAAGAAGGUGCCCUUGUUGUAGGCAGCCAGUCCGUUGGCAAUGGCGCACAUGGCAUGCUCUCUGAUACCGUACUCAAUGUAUCUACCAGAGAAGUCUCCAGCAAGACCACACUGGGUGGACAGAGUAGGGUCCAUGAAGUAUUUCACACCAGGCCACUGCAGAUUCACAGACACCGACAGGUCCGCACAACCAGCAAUCACAGAAGAACAGUUCUUACCGAACGAUCUCACCAACUCUCUGGCAGCUGCUCUGGUUGGAGCGUCUCCAGUGAACUCCUGCUGUGGAAGGAACGACUUCCAGUUCUUUGGAAGUUCUCCUCUGGUUCUGGACAGGAACUCGGCACCUUCUUGAGGAUACUCCUUGACGUACUUGGCAACCAGGUCUUUCCAUUCGGCAACAAGCUUGUCUCCCUCUGCUGGCUUCUCUUUGAAGAAGUCGUAAACGUCACUUGGCACGUAGAAUUUCUGAGCAGGGUUCAUUCCGUACUUGACCUUGAGCUCUCUGACUCCGUCCUCACCCAAAGCACUUCCGUGGGCAGCGCAGUGGUUUUCAAAAGCAGCGCCGGUUCCGAUGACAGUUCUGCAGUUGAUCAAGGUUGGUCUGUGUUUCUCGGCUUGUGCGUACUCCAAAGCCUUGACGAUGAAGACUCUGUUGGUGAUGACGUCGAAGCCAGGCUUGUUGUAGGUGGCAGCGAGGUUCUUGGUUGCAAUGGCCAGACCAACAGAGUUGGAGAUACCUUGACCCAAAGGACCCGUGGUGACUUCGACGGCAUCGUGCUCGAUCUCAGGGUGACCAGGACACAGAGAGUGGAAGUCGUGGGAGUGGUACGACUUCAAUUGGUCCAUGGUCAUCGACUUGAGACCGUAAAGAUGCUGGAAGAUGUACUGGAACAGACAAACAUGACCGUUGGACAGGACAAAUCUGUCUCUGUUGAAAUAGUCUGGGUCGUUGGGAGCAUAUUUCAUGGUGUACUUCCACAGAGCUAUACCAAUAGCCAUGGCCCCCAUGGCGGAACCGGGAUGGCCACCUCCAUAUUGCUCGACAAUGUCCAGAACAAGGGCACGGCCGUACUUGAUAACACGUUGAUGUUCUUCGUCGUUGAUCGACGCUGCUUUUGGAAUUCUCAUACUCAUUUGAUGGUAAUCGAUUCCCAAGCGGAGCUAUUUAUACUGAAGAUCUAG